UCAUCAAUUUCAUCUCUCACAUGAACAAUCUGGGCAUGAUCAGUGACCUCAGGAAAGAUUUCUGUGAGGCUUUAGAGUCGUUCCAGGUGACAACGCCCAAUCGCUGUUAUUGUGUUGCCCCCCUGAUCUUAAGGUGACGGUCAUCAUGCAGGUGAGGACGGGCUUGACCAUUGGUGUUAUUGCAAGUACAACUCGCGGAAUCGAGAGUGCCUCAGCUCUGAGCGAACUCCAAUACCCCGUUAUCGCCCACCAUGAUUCGACUAAGGCAUGCCUCGACGGCACUAGAAUUAAUCUCAUUGAGUACAUUAUGGCCUGGUGCUACAACGUGAGGGAGAGUGAGAAACGUGGGAUGCUGUUGACUGCUGUGGCCGGUGCUGGCAAGACAUCCCUCGUGCACUCAGUCGCAGAGAAGUGUGCGAAUGGAGGUGCGCUGUUGUUGAGCUUCUUUUUCAAAGUAGGAGAGCAAUCGCGGCCAGAUCACCUGUUCAGCGGCAUGGCUCGAUCUCUAGCAGUGCACGACCCUACCUAUCGCACCUCAGUCAUAUCUGCCCUUAAGAAAGAUCCGACUCUCGCGACUGCCCCAUUCACAAUGCAAUUCAGUAAAUUAGUGGCUGAGCCUCUCCAUCGGAAAGCGUUGCCCUCCGAUCGUCCUAUGGUGAUAUCUUGGAUGAAUGCGAGCAGCAAGCGUUCGAGGACCUAGCCGAUAUACUUCGAGACGGGGUACCCAAGCUACCAGCCAACAUCGAGGUUUUUCUCACCUCGAGACAAUUCGACCUUACCAACCAGGGAUGUAUAUAGAAUGGGAAAUAAUAGCGCUCAUGGUCGUUUGGCACCCUGCACAUGCACCAAACAGGCGCUCAAACGAUCAGGGUGUGCCAAUGAUUUGCCUCUGAUCUGUAUCUGUUUUUGGAUCAUCACCUGGCAUUCAU